CGAUGCUCCUCCGUCAAGCGUCCUCAACGAGGCCUCACGACCCAUGGGAGAGGCUCUUCUGACCAAGAUCAAGAUCUCUCGGCAAGCGACUGAUUCAUUGCUCUCCUACUGCCGCUUCCUUAAGAGUCCCGGUCCUCUGCGAAGCUCAUUCCUUCGAGUGUCAGCGUGGACAAGAUUGUCAACUGUGGAGGGCUGAGUUAACUGCCAAUGUGGAGGCCCCUUCCUAUUCUGGGAUGGCGUGACGUGUUCGACGUCGCCGGUUGCCCAUCGUCUUGCCCUGCGUGGAAGGGGCCUGCUUAUCCCAAGAAGCCAUCUCCCAGGUGUAACAACCGCGGGGGCGACCACGUCCUGGUGCACUACAAGGGCCACGCAGAGGUGUGCCGCUUUCCACUACGGGCCAGUGUGGAGGACACGAUGGUCGUCGUACGGGAGAAGUUCGGGCCGCAUGGGCUGGAGUCGUGCGGUUUGUCAGUCCCUAUGGGCAGGUUGUGGAUCCUUUGCACUUGUUUUCUUAUGAAAGUGUGGCACUCUGGCUCGGUCAGUGCUCUUCGGGACAGACAGACAGGCAGACAGACGUCGACAGUCAAGAGCCUUCUCUCUUCCCCGCGUGUGCGUGUGUGUGUGCAGGUCCGCUGUGGACGCCUGAGCAGGAGGAGGUGUGGAGGAGAGAGAACGCCCCCUCGUGGGUCAAGUGGCUGCGCCGCAACCUCAGGGGGCAGAAGGUCGAGCAACGGGCACCCACAGAGGACCACCAGCCACUCCUGGCCCACCACGGCGACCUGGUCGUACAAGGACAGCCCUGACUGACAAACACGCACAUGGCUGCCUGCCUGCCACCCGCUUGGCCACACAAAUGCAGCCAGGUGCUGCACUGCACAAAUGCUCACACACAGCUGUGUGUCCUUUCC